AAAAUUAUAAACGUCAAAGAAAUGAUAGAUCAUAUUUGGCUGGCAGGUACUUAUAGAUGACGAUGUGCUCAUCUUUUAAUUACUUUGGGUUUCCUGUGUCAAAAUUUAACCUCGCUUGCCUAUUAUGUACGAGGAACGCCUGUUGUAUACAGCAAUCGCGCAAAGCUGUUCAAUUUGGUUCUUUGUACAUUCCUUCUUCUCAUGUCGUCAAAACUAAUUGAAUUCCUGGAAAAAUCAAAGAGUUCAUCAAGAGAUGUUGAAGCUGGAGUUCAUGUUGUAUUAGGGAAUGAAGCCUGUGAUUUGGACUCUGCCGUCUGCAGCGUGGUCUAUGCUUUCUUCCUUCACAAUAUGGAUGGCAAUGAGAAAAUAUUUCUUCCAGUUCUCAACAUACCAAGAGCAGAUUUUCCUCUAAGGACAGAGAUCACAUACACGUUUGCCAGGUUUGGGAUUAACCUUAAAGACCUGGUGUUUACGGAUGAGUUUGACAUGACUGCCUUGAAGACCAAGGGGGAACUAGCUGUCACCCUAGUAGACCAUAACUUGCUGGCACGACACCAACAAGGGCUGAUAAGUGUGCUGGUCGAAGUGAUUGAUCAUCAUAAGGAUGAGCUGGCACCACAUGUCAAAAAGACAAUCGAACCAGUUGGCUCAUGCAGUACUCUUAUUGCCGAGAAGAUCCUGAGCAACAAACCUGAUUUACUGGAUAACCAAGUAACAGGCUUGCUUUUAUCUGCAAUUCUUCUUGAUUCAGUUAACUUGGACCCCAGAGCAGGCCGCAUGACUCCUAAGGACCAACACAUUGUCCAGGCUUUACAGGAUAAAGUAAAGUUUAACUUGGAGGAGCUAUAUCAUUCUGUUAAUGAAGCAAAGUUUGAUGUCUCUGGUCUUACAAGCGCAGAAAUUCUUCGCAAGGAUUACAAAGCAGUACCUCUCUAUCCAGGGAACCCUGCUCGAGUUGGAAUCAGCUCCAUUGGAUUACCAUUACAGGGCUUCCUUAAAAGGGAAGGAAUCUCCCAGUGUCUUCUACAGUUCUGCACUUCCAAGGGCAUCAACACCCUGGUUGUCAUGGCAAUGUAUUUCGAAUCACGUGACGGCCCUCCCUUGCGCCAGGUGUAUGUGUGCGGGCCUGAUGAGACGAGUGCUAGUAAGUUGGCCAGGUUCCUUAGAGACAAUGAUCAACUCAAGCUAAACGCAAUUAAGAUAGACUUGCCUGAAGGCUUUUGCUUUGAUCAAAUGAACAUUAAGGCCUCGAGGAAAGUUGUUUUUCCAUUAGUUAUGAACUUUUUGAAGGUUGCUGUUUAAACACCGUAAGGGUUGCUGUUUAAAAUUCCAUAUCUUUUAAAGAUUUAUUAUUUGUUCAUUACAAACACUAUUGGGAAAAAAAUAUAACUAAAAUAUCUGUGUCCAGGUUCUUGCAAUAUUGUGAGCUCCAAAAUUUUCACACAAGAUAUAUUAUGUAUUUUUGCAAAUUCAAUAACUUCCGCGAAACAAGACAAAUGUACUGACCUCAACAAAUUUAAUCUCCAAGAAAUGAUGUCAUACAUACAGCUGGACCAUAGCCGCUUCCUGAAUUCUGAGAAAAGACUUAAAUAAAAACUGAAUCUAACAACAUUUUUAAUGAGCCAACAACAUUACUAGC